ACCUCACUUCUUAUAAGAAUUCUAUUGUUUUCAUUUUGUGGGAACAAUUGAAUUGAUUUAUAAAUCAUUCUUACACCUAAAGAAAAAGAUUAUCAUUCAAUUAUUAUAAAUUGCGAAUAUCAUUAUAGGAUGUCGAGACAAAAAUUAUUUGCUGUUACACAGAAUUUACUCCGGACUAACUUUGACUUUCAAAAAAUUGUUCAUCGUAAUGUUGGGCUGGUACCUAUAGUUAUUGAACAGAGUGGAAGAGGAGAAAGAUCUUACGAUAUCUUCUCUCGUUUAUUAAAAGAAAGAAUCAUUUGCCUAAUGGGACCUAUUCAUGAUUCUAUGAGUUCACUUCUAGUUGCCCAACUUCUCUUCCUGCAGUCAGAAUCUACCACUAAACCAAUUCAUCUGUAUAUAAACUCACCUGGUGGCAGUGUUACAGCAGGAUUGGCUAUCUAUGACACUAUGCAAUAUAUUCUUCCACCGAUAGCAACUUGGUGUGUAGGUCAAGCUUGUAGCAUGGCUUCUCUACUAUUAGCUGCAGGAACAAAUGGAAUGCGCCACUCUUUACCAAAUGCAAGAAUUAUGAUACACCAACCUUCAGGUGGAGUGCAGGGUCAAGCUACAGAUAUACAAAUUCAAGCUGAAGAGAUCUUGAAACUUAAAAAACAAAUUAAUAAUCUUUAUGUUAGUCAUACUGGUAUCGCAUUAGAAAAGAUUCAGAUGACAAUGGAACGUGAUCAUUUCAUGAAUCCUAAUGAAGCUAAAGAAUUUGGAUUAAUCGAUAAAGUCCUUAGUAGUCCUCCAAAAUCACAUGUUCAUGUACCUAAACCCAGUGUAGUCGCACCUACAAAGACCCCUGCGGUAGCAGAAGUGUGUCAAGAAGAGAAGAAAUAAUUUAUUAUAAAAAUAUUAUGUUUCGUCUUUUGUUCAUGUGAUGAAUUGUUGUGUUUUGAUAAAGUUUAAUAAAUGUCAAAUUGGUAAAAUAUAA